AUGGAAGCCCAUAUUGCUAUUGAAAAAGUUACGACUGCCAAAGAUCAAUGUAAUUUUAUUGUCGAGGAGUACGAACCCGACUACACUUAUGCUUAA